AUGAUUCGGGCCCUCUCCCAGUGGAGGAGCUCGAGGAGAGGAGAGGAUCUCGCACGCCAGGGUCCCAAUGGGGACGGCGACGGCAUUCUGGAUGCAUCUGGUCGGACCGUGAUGCCACGUCGACCGCGCCAAUCGUAUGCGGCGCUGCUCGUCUUGGCCGCGUUCGUGCUGCUUGUUGCCGUGGCCUCGUCUUUGGCACCAGUGCCUCUGGAUCCUGGCUGCGCUGUGCGCCCCGAGACGCCGCGGCGCCCAGGGCAGCGCGCACGAGGCGCAGCGAGCUCCCCGCGCCUCGCCCGCGGUGGGGGGCCGGGACGCCGCCGGAGACCCCCGCCGCGGCGGCAGCAGGGCAGCCUGCCUCGCGACGGCCGCCUCUUGCCUCGGAGCCGCCGCGCCGUGCCGCAGUGGCUCGUGCGGCUGGCGCUGGGCCUCGCCGCGGUGCCCCUGCGGUCCUCUGCGGCCGGCUGCGCCCUCGAGGGCUCCACGCCAGGCGCUCGGGCGGCACGCCGGGCGCCGGGGCCGCUCGCCCAGGGGGCAGCUCGCCUGGGCAGGACGGCUGGGCUGCGGGGCGGCGGCCCGCAGGCGUCCAGAGUGCCCCGCGGCGGGGCGAGCGCGCUCGCCGCGGGCUCCGGCGCGGGCGUCUCUCUGGCGGCCAGAGCGGAGGGGUUGCCGAACGCGGGCCUGUCCGACGAGGAGCUUGACGUCGUCCUCGCCCGCGAGAUGGGCCACGUCCGGGACAGGGACGCCGGCGCGGGAAAGCAGACGGCCGUCACGAUCGCGUUGUUUUUUUUGCUGCUGAGUGUCAGUGUGCAGUUUCUCGAUUUGACGGUCGCCAACAGCACUAGGUCGUACAGAGGCACCGACGAUGUUGGACAUAGUGGUGCUGGUGCAGUCACGCUCGGGCUGGCCCUAGUAUUGUCGGGUCAUAUGAUGUUCGGGCUUGGCACGCUCUUGCAGAAACGGGUGUCCUCACCACAUGAGUUCGACGCUGAUGACGUUCCUGAUGCAAUUACGGGGUCCGACGCUUUGUCGUACGCUCUGGCGAAGAGCCAGGCCAGGGCUCUUGGUGGAGCCGAGCAUCAGCUUGCAAAAUGGAAGCCGCAACUUGACCACCAGCCAGUAUGA